AGGGGCGCGCGGGUCCACGGGGUGCAGCCGGCCGGGCCGGGGCUGUAGGGCCCGCGCUGCCCGGGACGCGGCGUGAGAGGAGGCAGCCGAGGAGCCCGGAGCGCGGCCCGCCGAGCGGGAUGCUGGCACAUGUGUCUUGGUCCCUGAUUCCCUUCUGUGGACACGCUGAUCAUUCCUCCUCCUGUGGUGGAGACUUUGACAGAGCUGCUCAGAUCUACAGGGUCUUCAUUGAAUUCUGUCAUGGUUAUUUAAGGAAUCUUGCCUAGAAAGUCCCCACAAGCACUCAGUUCCCUGCUGCCCGGAAGGCGUGGACUCCAAGAUGAUCAUAAAGGAAUACCGGAUCCCCCUGCCAAUGACUGUGGAGGAAUACCGCAUCGCCCAGCUGUACAUGAUACAGAAAAAGAGCCGAAAUGAGACCUAUGGACAAGGCAGCGGAGUGGAGAUCCUGGAGAACCGGCCCUACACAGAUGGGCCUGGCGGCUCUGGGCAGUACACCCACAAGGUGUAUCACGUGGGCAUGCACAUUCCUGGCUGGUUUCGCUCCAUCUUGCCCAAGGCAGCCUUGCGAGUGGUGGAGGAGUCCUGGAAUGCCUACCCCUAUACCCGAACAAGGUUCACCUGCCCCUUUGUGGAGAAGUUCUCCAUUGACAUUGAAACCUUUUAUAAGACAGACACUGGGGAAAACAAUAAUGUGUUCAACCUGUCUCCUGUGGAAAAGAACCAGCUGAUAACAGACAUCAUCGACAUUGUAAAGGAUCCUGUGCCCCCCAAUGAAUAUAAGACAGAAGAAGACCCCAAGCUGUUCCAGUCAGUCAAGACCCGUCGGGGACCUCUUUCUGAAAACUGGAUUCAGGAAUACAAGAAGCGGCUCCUCCCCAUCAUGUGUGCCUACAAGCUCUGCAAGGUGGAGUUCCGAUACUGGGGCAUGCAGUCCAAAAUUGAGAGGUUCAUCCACGACACCGGCCUGCGGCGGGUGAUGGUGAGGGCCCACCGGCAGGCCUGGUGCUGGCAGGAUGAAUGGUAUGGGCUGACCAUGGAGAAAAUCCGAGAGCUGGAGAGGGAGGUGCAGCUCAUGCUAUCCCGCAAAAUGGCCCAGUUUUCGGAGGAAGGACCUUCAGAACUAAGCCAUGACAAUGCUGUCAAGGACCAGGCACCUGGACCAACCUCUGAAUCCGGCAACAACAGUGGGGAGCCUCUGGGGCGGGGCCUGAAGAAGCAGUGGUCCACCUCCUCCAAGUCCUCAAGGUCCUCCAAGCGGGGAGCCAGCCCCUCCCGACAUAGCAUCUCUGAGUGGAGGAUGCAGAGUAUCGCCAGGGACUCUGACGAAGGCUCAGAGGACGAGUUCUUCGAUGCACAAGAGAACUUGCAACACAAGGAGGAAAUGCACGCCAAGGACAUCACCAAAUGGAAUUCCAAUGACCUCAUGGACAAAAUGGAGAAUCCAGAGCCUGAGGAAUCACAGGAUGGGCUCUACCACCAGAGCGACUCCGAGUUCAGGGUAGCCUCCAGUGUGGAGCAGCUGAACAUGGAGGAUGAGGUGAGCCAGCCACUAGCCGCGCCACCCUCCAAGAUUCACGUGCUGCUGCUGGUGCUGCACGGAGGUACCAUCCUGGACACUGGAGCGGGGGACCCCAGCUCCAAGCAGGGUGACACCAACACUAUCACCAACGUGUUCGACACCGUCAUGCGUGUGCACUAUCCCAGUGCCCUAGGCCACCUAGCCAUCCGCCUGGUGCCCUGCCCACCCAUCUGUGCUGACGCCUUCGCCCUCGUCUCCAACCUCAGUCCCUAUGGCCAUGAUGAGGGCUGUCUGUCUAGCAGCCAGGACCACAUCCCCCUGGCUGCCCUGCCCCUGCUGGCCACUUCCUCACCCCAGUACCAGGAGGCAGUUGCUACAGUGAUUCAGCGGGCCAACCUGGCCUAUGGAGACUUUAUCAAGUCCCAGGAAGGUGUGACCUUCAACGGACAGGUCUGCCUGAUUGGAGACUGUGUUGGGGGCAUCCUAGCAUUUGAUGCCUUAUGCUACAGUGGCCAGCCGGUGUCUGAGAGCCAAAGCAGUAGUCGCCGGGGCAGUGUGGUCAGCAUGCAGGACGCUGACCUGCUGUCCCCGGGCAUCCUGGUGAAUGCAGCACACUGCUCCAGUGGUAGUGGCGGUGGCAGUGGCGGAGGCUCCAGCCUGGAGAGCAGUCGGCACCUGAGCCGCAGCAACAUUGACAUCCCCCGAAGCAACGGUACCGAGGACUCCAGAAGGCAGCUGCCCCGCAAGAGGAGUGACUCAUCCACCUAUGAGCUGGACACCAUCCAGCAACACCAGGCCUUCCUAUCCAGCCUCCAUGCCAGCGUGCUGAGGAAUGAGCCCAGCUCCCGCCGCUCAAGCAGUUCCACAAUGCUGGAUGGUGCCGGGGCCCUGGGCAAGUUUGACUUCGAGAUCGCCGACCUCUUCCUCUUCGGGUGCCCACUGGGGCUAGUCCUAGCCUUGAGGAAAACAGUCAUCCCCUCCCUGGACGUUUUCCAGCUGCGGCCAGCGUGUCAGCAAGUGUACAACCUCUUCCACCCUGCGGACCCCUCAGCCUCCCGCCUGGAACCGCUGCUGGAGCGACGCUUCCACACCCUGCCGCCCUUCAGCAUCCCUCGAUACCAGCGCUACCCGCUGGGGGACGGCUGUUCCACACUACUGGCGGAUGUGCUCCAAACCCACAACACAGUCUUCCAAGAGCAUGCAGCCCCCUCGUCACCUGGCACAGCCCCUGCUAGCCGCGGCUUCCGCAGAGCCAGUGAGAUCAGCAUUGCCAGUCAGGUGUCAGGGAUGGCCGAGAGCUACACAGCAUCCAGCAUUGCCCAGAAGGGUCCCUCGUCGCUCAACCACACCCCCAGCAUCAGGCGCCUAUCCUUACUCGCCCUGCCCCCCCCAUCCCCUACCACCCAGGGUCCCCGUGCCAGGGCAAGGCAGGUGAGCCCUAACCUGGAGAGGGCCCCCUGCCUCCCUGACUUGGACAUCGGAAAAGUUGCUGCCAAGUGGUGGGGCCAGAAGCGGAUUGACUACGCCCUGUACUGCCCCGACGCCCUCACGGCCUUCCCCACAGUGGCCCUGCCCCACCUCUUCCAUGCCAGCUACUGGGAGUCAACCGAUGUGGUCUCCUUUCUACUGAGACAGGUCAUGCGGCAUGACAGCUCGAGCAUCCUAGAGCUGGACGGAAAGGAGAUGUCCGUGUUCACGCCUUCGCAGCCCAGGGAGAAGUGGCAACGCAGGAGGACACAUGUGAAGCUGCGGAACGUGGCAGCCAACCACCGGAUCAAUGAUGCAGUUGCUAAUGAGGAUGGCCCACAGGUUGUGACAGGCCGGUUCAUGUACGGGCCCUUGGACAUGGUCACCCUGACUGGGGAAAAGGUGGAUGUACACAUCAUGAUGCAGCCGCCUUCAGGUGAGUGGCUGUACCUAGACACUCUAGUGACCAACAGCAGUGGGCGUGUCUCCUACACCAUUCCAGAAACACACCGCCUGGGGGUGGGCGUCUACCCUAUCAAGAUGGUGGUCAGGGGAGACCACACAUUUGCCGACAGCUACAUCACUGUGCUCCCCAAGGGCACAGAGUUUGUGGUCUUCAGUAUCGAUGGCUCCUUUGCCGCCAGUGUGUCCAUCAUGGGGAGCGACCCCAAGGUGCGCGCCGGGGCUGUGGACGUGGUGCGACACUGGCAGGACCUGGGCUACCUCAUCAUCUAUGUGACCGGCCGGCCCGACAUGCAGAAGCAGCGGGUGGUGGCAUGGCUGGCUCAGCACAAUUUCCCUCAUGGUGUGGUGUCCUUCUGUGAUGGCCUGGUGCACGACCCACUGCGUCACAAGGCUAACUUCCUGAAGCUGCUCAUCUCUGAGUUGCACCUGCGUGCACAUGCGGCCUACGGCUCCACCAAGGAUGUGGCAGUCUACAACUCCAUCAGCCUGUCUCCCAUGCACAUCUACAUUGUGGGCCGCCCCACCAAGAAGCUGCAGCAGCAGUGCCAGUUCAUCACAGAUGGCUACGCGGCCCACCUGGCCCAGCUCAAGUACAAUCACCGGGCUCGUCCGGCCCGGAACACGGCCACACGCAUGGCUCUGCGCAAGGGCAGCUUCGGCCUACCUGGCCAGGGUGAUUUCCUCCGCUCCCGGAAUCACCUGCUCCGCACCAUCUCGGCUCAGCCCGGUGGGCCCAGCCAUCGGCAUGAUCGGACACAGACCCAGACGGACAGCGAGCAGCGGGGCCAGCGCAGCCUGAGUGUGGCGGCCAGCUGCUGGGGCCGCGCCAUGACGGGCCGGCUUGAACCAGGGGCAGCCACAGGACCCAAGUAGGACACCCUCAGGAGCCGCUGUGGUCUCCAUGGUGCUAGGCCAGGGCACCGGCCCUCCUGGGAGGCCUGGCCUGGGCACAUGUAGGUGGCUGAGGACAAGCACAGACAUGGCCUGAGAACUUGACCCAGGGCCCCUUGGAAGACAUGGCCAUGCCAACACAGUCCUCCCAGCCUUGCCUAAUGCCCUAGGCUCUGAGGAGCCCAGCUGGUCAUGGAAACUGGCAGGAUGUCCAGCCCAUGGUGGAAGAGGAGCCAGCAUCGGCCACUUAGCCCAGCCUGGGAGGCAUUCCUGGACAUCUUGCUCUGUGUUGAUCUCUCAGCCUCCUGGUGCCAGGCAUGGGUCUCGGCCCUGCCUGCCACCUCCCUGUCCACUGGCGCCCCUUCCCAUCUG